GUAUUUAAAGAAGGGAGGCUCGUGAGAGUGGCAGUGUAUGUUGGAAUUUCUGUCUUUCUUGCACUGUGGAAGGGGUGACUCACAUUUCGUCUCUAGAAUGGCCGACAAUCAUACAUCUAUUAAUCUGGACGGUUCUACGGAUGUCUCAUUAGCAGACGCGCAAAGCAUAAGGGAUAGGCACGCCAUGACACCAAACCCCGAGAAGCAGCUCGAGACCGGCCAGUUGGACGAGUCGGCUGGCCACGAAACAGUUGCGGAUGAAAAAGCUGCGGUAGAACUCUCCCUGAAGGGAGUAGACAGCAGGGAUGCGCCAGUUGAGAAAGAAAAUGAAAUUGAAGAAGAAGAAGAAGAAGAACAGAUCGAAUAUCCAGCUAAAUGGAGACUGGCGCUGAUCACAAUUGCGUUAUGUUUAUCCGUCUUUUGUAUGGCUUUGGACAACACAAUCAUUGCAACGGCCAUCCCUCGAAUUACCGAUCAGUUCAACGCGGUAAACGACGUUGGUUGGUACGGCGCAGCUUAUCUAUUGACAACUUGCUGCUUGCAGUUGAUCUUUGGUAAACUAUACACUUUCUACUCGAUCAAGUGGGUCUACCUCACAGCGCUCUUUAUCUUUGAGCUGGGCUCAUUCGUCUGUGGCAUCACUCCCAACUCCGUGGGGUUGAUUAUGGGCCGUGCAGUUGCCGGCAUGGGUGCUGCAGGAAUCUUCUCUGGUGCUCUGCUUAUUGUUUCACGAACUGUUCCCCUGUCGCAACGCCCAAUGUAUAUGGGCUUGAUUGGUGGUAUGUGGGGCAUUGCUUCUGUUGCUGGACCUUUAAUGGGUGGUGCUUUCACCGAUAAAGUCACCUGGCGUUGGUGCUUCUAUAUCAACUUGCCUUUUGGCGCCAUUACUGGACUGUUCAUCAUCUUUUUCUUUCAACCACCUGGCGGAAAGACAAAGGCAGCCGCUUCGACAUGGAGAGAACAGAUCAAACUUCUCGAUCUCGAAGGAACAUUUUUCUUCAUUCCUGGUGUCAUCUGCCUUUUGCUUGCUUUACAAUGGGGAGGCACCACAUACGCCUGGGGUAACGGACGCAUUAUUGCAUUAUUCGUCUUAUUUGGCGUUUUGAUUACGGGGUUCGUGGCAGUCCAGUUGUGGAAACAGGAGCUUGCCACUGUGCCGCCUCGCAUUCUCAAGAACCGUAACAUUUGGGGAUGCGCUUUGUUUGCUGCCUUCCAGGGUGCUGCUUUUUUCGUCUUGAUCUACUACAUCCCAAUCUGGUUCCAGGCUAUCAAAGGCGCCUCAGCCGUGAGAUCUGGCAUCAUGAAUCUACCAUUGAUUCUCAGUCUUGUUGCAAUCUCCAUGCUUUCUGGAGGUCUUGUCAGCUACACAGGCUACUACGCUCCCUUCAUGAUCAUUUCCUCCAUCCUCACUGCCGUAGGCUCCGGUCUCAUCACCACUUUCGACCUCAAUACCCCUCAAUCCCAAUGGAUUGGAUAUCAAUUCAUCUUUGGUGCCGGUGUUGGAUUCGGGAUGCAACAAACCAUGGUUGCUGUUCAGGCCUGUCUGCAAGGCGACGACAUCGCAGUCGGUACCGCCAUUGUGAUGUUCUCCCAGACCCUAGGCGGCGCGCUAUUCAUUGCUGUCGCCGAAAAUGUCUUUGAGAAUAGACUUGUUAACAAUGUUGUUGCUGCGAAUCUCCCAGGACUCAAUGCUACUACUGUUUUGAGUAUCGGUGCCACUGAGAUUCAAAAAGUCAUUCCGAAAGAGUUCCUGCCUGCGAUAUUGAAUGCAUACAACAACGCAUUGAUAAAUGCUUAUUACGUUUCGGUUGCUAUGAGUUGUUUAACCAUUAUCGGCGCCCUAAGUAUCCAAUGGGUCUCGAUCAAGGGCAAGCGCAUUGAAAUGACUGCUGCAUAAGCCCAACACCCUCGUUCAAGUUUUCCUUUUUGAUUGCAUUUGAUACAGACCACUCACCUCUAAUGUCUACUAAUACAUAAUAGACUAUAUUUUCUUUUUUCUGCUCAUACACAUUGCAUUGCUACAUCUCUCUUAUUUUGUUUAUAUCUUUUCUAGAACGGCUGCUUUGGGGGAAAUACCACUUGGUUCAUGUACAAAUAGGCUAUGACUAUGACAAUUAUUUCUCGGUUUC